AUGAAAAAUUUGCAGUUGAUAUCUCUUUUGAAUACAAAGUUGAGAAAUUCAGUGCAAAGCCUUCGUCCAAUUUACUUUUCUAAGCAUUCUUACGAUGUUGUCAACACUAACCAGGGUACAUCCUCAAAGUUUCAAAAUAUGACAAAGAUUGGUGAAAGUAUUCCAGUAGACAAAAAACUGGUUUAUAAGAGUUCUGAUAGCUCUUUGGAACCUUUGACUUUUCUUCAAACAGAUUGUGGUGAACAUGUCUCUUUACGUCUGCGUCCUAUGCCCAAUGACUUGUCUCAUGCUUCUGCCAAAACUUCUUCCAAAGUUAUAUUUCACAACAACACCAUCGAGAGUCCUCAAAUUAUUGAUCACAGGGAUCGAAGCUCUAUUCCUUGUCAUUUUGAUAAAAAUGGAAGUGGUGCUUUUCGAUUAAAUGAAGAAUUUCAGAAUGAGCUUGAUAAUUUAGCGAUACUCUCGGAUAUAUACAAAGGGAGUCUAUUGUUUCUUUUCACCUAUUACCAUGAGAGGAUAUUGAUAAUGUUUAAGAAAACCGCCAAACCAGAAUUGGACAGGUUGAUUAGUUUUCCGGAAGACAAUUGGGAUCCCUUGUUCUUAUCAAUGAUAUUUAAUUUAUCGGUAGUGUCCAACCACAUUUUAUUAUCUCAAUAUAAUUUACUAAAAUAUAGAAAAAUGAUAUUGAAUCGAUAUGAUUCCGAUUCCAAUUGCAAUUCUGGGGUCAAUUACCACUAUCAAUCAUUAGAAUCACUUUAUAAUCAAUAUAAUAAACUUUUUGGAAGUUUUUGGUCUAAAAAGUAUUUAAUUGAUAUUCUGGAUAGUGUCAUUAUGAAAAAUAACUUUACAAAAAAAGAUUUUGAAAAGAAAAAUCUGAAAAAAGAUAAAAAGUUGAAAUUGCUUUCUAGUAAUAUAAAAAUAAUGAAUGAAUUUAUAAUCAAGUCGUCAUUGAGUAUUUUAAUUGAGAAUUGUUUAAAAGUAUUAAAAGAGAAACAGAAACAGAAUUUUCCUGGAUUGAAAGAGAAUUUCAAAAGAGUGAAUCGAAAUUUUCCGUUUCUAACUGAAGUUCCAUUUAAUAAGAAUAUUUUUUCAAAGAUUGGAAACAAAUUUGGAUCAAGUAUAUUAGAGGAUAAUCUUUCAUUAAUAAAGCUGUUUAAUCAGGAUAAUUUUUUAGAGGUUGUUAAACUAUUUUUGAUAAAUUUGAAUAAAGAUGAACAGUGCAAGAGAUUUUUAAGCGCUGAGAUAUUCACGCCGUUACUGAGAAUAAUAAUAUUAAUUCAUAAUGACGACGAUAAAUUUCUUUUCAAUAAUUUCAGCAACACAAUAAAAUUCUGGGAUUUUUCAAGGGUUAUUAAUGAUGUAUCCGUUGUUCAAGUUUUGAAUAAAUUAAUUGAAUGGGUUUUUUCAAAUCGUGAAAAGAGCAUUUUUAUAAGUAAUAAAGGGAGAAUUGCGAUAACAAAGAGUGUAAUUGACAAAAUAAUCAGUGAUUCAAUUUAUGUUAGCUUGAUACCAUUGAAUUAUUCAAAGAUUCGGUAUCAUUUGAGGAAAUAUAUAAAGAUAAUCGAUGUGUUUUUAAAUGUUAUAGCGAAUCCGUUUAAUCAAAGAGAUUAUAGAUUAGCAUCUGGAGAUUAUUUGGAUUUGAUUGAUUAUAUUCAAAACACAAAAUUGAGUGUUAAUAAUAGAAAUGGCAAUGGAAAGAAUUGCUAUAAUUUUCAGGAUUUACUAUAUUUACAUUUUGAAAAACAGUUGAUCUUAAAGUUAAUCAAAACCAAAAAUCUUAAAAUUGUACAGAAAAUAAUCCGGAAUCCUAGGAUUAAAGAUAAUUUUUACGAAUAUAUGGAUCAAAUUCAAAAAUCAGAAGCUGAAAUAUUUGAAAGUCCUUAUACUAGUUCCAGAAUAAAGAUUGCAUCAGAAUUAUUGGAACAAUUUUCGAAAAAGCCCACGAGCAUUGAAAAAGCCAGGGGAUUAAUGACAAGCUUGUUACUGAAAAUAAGGAAAAGCAAGAGGACAGAACCGUAUAUAAAGUACAUAGGCUCAAUUGGAAUUGGGUUAUUACAAAACCCACAUAUUGAUUUCCGAAUUUUGAGAAUGUGUAUCAGCUACCAGAAAAUAGUUGAGAGAGAAUUCAAUAGCACUUUAGGCAAGAAGUACUUGAUCGAGUUGGUCUCCAGCUACAUUCGGUACUGUCUAAAGAGCAAGAACAUCAAUGGAGGGUUUUUGAACUUUUUGUUCAGUUUGUGCAAAAAAUACAGGGUGGAGGAGAAACACUAUCAACGGUGGGCAAAGGAACUAGAGAAGAUCAAGUUCAAGAGCAAAAGACAGGCACACUGGACCACCAUCGAAGGGCAAACAUACUUGAAAAGACAACAACGACGGCAAAAGAAGUCUGCUCUUCACCCUGCUUCCUAUGCUUCCCUCAAAAAGCCUCUGUGA